UGGAAUGCAGUGGUCGUGAAACGUGUGAGGUGUUACAUUUUGUGUGUUUUUAAGCACAAAUUUCGUACGAAAUCGAGAUAAAUUCUUAUCAAAAAGACGAAAGAAAGCAUUCAGUAUGGUAGCUGAUAAGGAAAAUGUAACAACUGGUGCUAGUGCGACUGAAGGUGAGACGACUUCAAAGAAGGCAGCAAAGAAGCAAGCCAAAGAAGCAUUGAAAGCUGCUAAGAAAGCUGAAAUUAAAGUAGCCAACUCGGCGAACAAUGCUGAAGAAGGUGGCGAUAGCGUAGACGUAUCAGCAGGUCGUUAUGGAUCUGCCGGUCUUAUUCAAUCGAAGGAGAAGUUUGAAGAUCGUAAAUUUGUGUCAGUGAGCGAAUUGAGCCAGCCAACCUGUCGGGACCAAUUAGUGUGGGUGCGCGGACGUGUACAUACAUCACGUUCGAAGGGCAAGCAAUGCUUCUUAGUGCUGCGUCAGCAGAGCAGCACCGUGCAAUGUAUUUUGGCUGUAGGAGAACGUAUUUCCAAACAAAUGGUGAAGUUUAGCGGCAACGUAAGCAGAGAAAGUAUUAUCGAUGUACAAGCUAAAGUUGUUUCGGUGCCCAACAAGAUCGAGUCUUGUACUGAACAAACUGUUGAAUUGUGUAUUGAACAACUAUUCGUGGUGUCACAAGCCAAACCGCAAUUGCCGCUGCAAAUUGAAGAUGCAUCCCGUGCCGAAAACCCAGAUGAUGCCGACAGUUUGAAUAUUCGCGUAAAUCAGGAUACACGUCUGGACAACCGUGUCUUAGAUUUGCGCACACCGGCCAAUCAAGCUAUUUUCCGUUUGGAAGCCGGCGUUUGUCGUCUGUUCCGUGACAUACUAACUACAAAAGGUUUUACAGAGAUACACACACCAAAAAUUAUAUCCGCCGCUAGUGAAGGUGGCGCAAACGUAUUUACUGUUAGCUACUUCAAAGACUCCGCUUAUUUGGCACAAUCUCCGCAAUUGUAUAAGCAAAUGGCUAUUGCUGCUGAUUUCGAUAAAGUUUACACUGUCGGCGCUGUUUUUCGUGCGGAAGACUCAAAUACUCAUCGCCACUUGACCGAAUUCGUGGGUCUCGAUUUGGAGAUGGCAUUCAAAUAUCACUACCACGAAGUCUUGCACACCAUCGCCGAUACGUUCACUGGAAUUUUUAAGGGUUUGCGUGAUACUUAUAGCGCGGAAAUUGCGGCGGUGAAUCAGCAAUUUAAAGUGGAGCCAUUCAAGUUCUUGGAGCCGCCAUUGAUAUUGGAAUUCGCUGAAGGUGUACAAAUGUUGCGCGAAGCUGGUGUUGAAACCGGUGAUGAGGAGGAUUUGUCUACACCCAACGAAAAGCUGUUAGGCCGGCUUGUCAAGGCAAAAUAUGACACCGAUUUUUAUGUAUUGGACAAAUUUCCACUGGCUAUUCGCCCUUUCUACACCAUGCCCGAUCCCAAUAACCCAAUGUAUUCCAACUCUUAUGAUAUGUUCAUGCGUGGCGAGGAGAUACUUUCUGGUGCUCAGCGUAUACACGAUCCCGAUUUUCUUAUUGAACGCGCAAAACAUCAUGCGAUCGAUACCUCAAAGAUUGCGGCAUAUAUUGAAUCGUUCCGUUUCGGUUGUCCACCGCAUGCUGGUGGUGGUAUUGGCAUGGAACGUGUGGUCAUGCUCUAUCUAGGACUUGAUAAUAUACGUAAAACGUCGAUGUUCCCACGUGAUCCCAAACGCUUAACGCCUUAAAAUGUUUAUGCACAAGAAAAAUUUAAAGAGAAAAUGAUCAAUGUGGAUUUUGCUAAUGGGUUUCAAAUACAUUUUAUGUUUGCUCAGUUUCCUUAGUAACAUCCCACUGCUAUGCUUGAUUAUUUGAAAAGGUUGUUCAUUUUUUUUUUAUUUUAUUUUUAUUUUUUAAUCCAACUAUUUACUUAAUUAUGUAGUUAUUCCAGCAGUUGUCCAACAACUGCUCUAGUGUAAAAGUUGUCCACAUUUCAAUUAAUACAGGUGUUAAGACUGAAAUAAAGACGACAUCUUCACAAACAAA